CCUUCAGAGACCCUUCUGCCUUCUAUCGAGACAGAAGAUGCCUGCAAGUCUAUUCAGCGACGAUGAGUCGCCACCUCCCUCUCCUGUGCUCGAGUACCCCAAACUUCGACUCAAUGACCUGGUCGACCCUCCAACAGACUGGCAGUUCCUGGGAGAGGCUGUGCAGGUGACCAUGCGUGCUCGUCGAUUCCCAAAACCGCGUUUGGAGACCAUAGUGAACCACCACAGCUGGGGAAUCGACAUGGGACUAGCCAAGCGUGCAACGAUUGAGAAGCUUCUAAAAGCUCUUUGGAAGUUGUUCUAUCACAUGGCGCCUGACCAUCUGCCCACGUCGUUUGCCGAGUUCGCGGACUUUUCCAGAGAUGCAGGCCCUCGGUUGCUCUCACAUACUAUUCAGAUUGAACGCGUUCCUAUUAGCAGAUACUAUCCCCAACCGCCAGAAGAUAGUAAAGCUCUGAGUUCGCGGUUCAAGAGACCGAGUGACGCUCCAGCGUCAAUAUCCGAUAGUUAUCUCGAGCGGAUGUCUUACCCAGUCUCUGGCGGGCCGAUUGACCUCGAUGCCACCGAAGACGAGGAAGAGGGAAAGGGGGAACAAGAACAAGAAAAAGAGCAGGAGCAGGAGCAGGCUCGGGUGGCCCAAAAAACCAAAAGUCCACCACGAUCGGCAUCCAGUCGCCAUAGCUGCACUAGCCAACCCCUUCAGCCUGAAAGACAUACCGCUCGACCGCUCCCGGCUAAGAAUGUCGUCGAGAUAGUCCAACGGAUCGUUAUGAAACUUGCAAAUGCGGACCUCGAGCGACACCACACGGCUACUCGGGCUGAACAUCCGUGUUUGGUGGCGUCCGAACCACAAGCCCUAUUGAAGACUAUUGAUAAAACGGUUCCUGCGACGGCCCAGGUGAGGCUUUUAUGGAACCGUGAGACCGAUGAGAUGACACUGCAUCCUGAUGGGCGUGACUACCCCUAUCGAGGUCGCGGUCCCGUGGGCACGUUCAACACAAGUGCCAUUGAUUGUGUUAUCGUGGCCGCUAAACUUCUUGAUGCUGGGUCUACGGUAAUCGAUCGCUGUAACAAAGGGUGGCGCGCACAGUUAACCCCGUUAGAAGCGGCAUUGAUCAAAACGACUGAAGUUGACUGGGAUCUCUGUUUCACUGACGAGAGUGAAAUGCUGCGGAAUAAUUUCUGGCAUGUGGUGGAUGACAGCCUGCCUGAAGUCUGGGCGGGGGAUAUCCAUUGGCUGCAGGGGAUUUGGACCAGGGCGACGGCCAACUUCGCUCAGUUCCAUUUCACCUACUACGAUCAAUUUCGUCCAUGCGAGUGCAACCCCGAUCGUGAACGUGGGGAUACCACGGGGCCAUGGAAAAAUACCUUCAUGCAGCCAUCUGAAGUCCCAGAGGACGGUGAAGGGCCUGUCACGAUGCAUACCCGUCUGGCGCAGGAAUUUGCUUUCAGUGUGCAGGUGGAUUGCGACGUUUGUGAUACCCCCAACGCCAUAACCCGCUGGCGAACCUUCGAAAGCCUCCCUGCGCGCUUGGUGACCAUGGUUGAUCCCGAUGUCCCCGUGACGAAACACACGCAGGAUCUCACGUUCGAGGUUGAAACUUUUGCGAAGCGAACGUCAGUCACAUAUCGCUGGGUGGGUGGGAUAUACGAGUACAAGGGUCAAUUCCGGGUCUUCUGGGCCGACAACCGCCCCGGCGAGGUUGACCAUGGCGAGGUCCGCAUGUACGACGGGUCCAAGAACUUGGGAAUGAUUGUUGGAGGCCUUUCGUACGGUCACCCGAGCGAGAGAGUCCCCUACGAGUGGUGGACUAGAAGCGCCAUUCCCCUGGUGUUCUACGAACGGGUAGACAACGUCAGCCCCCAGGUUUUGAACACGGUAAUGAGCUCGGUGGGGUCAAUGGUAGAGGCUGUAGAGAACAAGAUGCUUCUUGCCGAUGAAGUUGGUCCCUGGGCCCUAUUCAAUAAUGAUGUCUCCGAGCAGCCCGGUCAGUGGGUUUUCCCCAGCGCCGAUCUCUUCAAUCUCGCGCCUCCGGUCAACUUUCUCGCGAGCCCUGUUUCCGAGCAAAGCUAUCCUCUGGGCAUGCAGGACUCGCCUCGGGACGAUGUAGUUCUAUACUCGCCUCCCUUGACUCCGCGAAUUGAGGAAUAUCCCGCUUCACCGCCGACGGGUUCAAUUCCAUCAAUUCCUUUAAACUCACUUGGUCUUGAGAGGGUCGGGCUUGGGGAGACUGGAAGCAACCUCGAUUACCAAGCUCCUAUUAUGCAUAAUAUGGUGUCUCAGCCUGAUCUUCCAGCUUCUGAUCUCCCCACUGCAGAUCUACCUGGAUCUACUCAGCAGCACCCCUCCGACGCAGAACUGUUUGAGAAGUAUGGUGCCAAUUACACCUGUGCAAACUACAUGAGCGAUUAUUACAACGCGGCCAUGAAAGUCUACCACAUGAUGAGUCAAAACAAUGGCGACACUAGCAAUGCUGCCAGCAUCAGCAGCGUCAAUUUUCCACAGUGGAACCAGGGCAACACGUAUGGGGUUCCACAAUACUGGGCAGGCAACAGGAAUCAGCUUCAGACGUACCAGCAAUUUCAGCAGCAGCAAUUCCAACAGCAGCAGCAGCAGCAGCAGCAGCAGCCGCCGCCUUCUCCUACAGGGUCGCAUUCCAAGUCACGCUCGCACUCAGGACAGGGAAGCGCCGUCGGGUUAGAUGCAGUUCGCCGUGCGUCACAGGCUUCUUCGCAAAAAGCGCGUCGACGGACAGGUCAUCGUAACGACAAUCGUAACGAUAAUCGCAAUGAUAAUCGCAAUGAUAAUCGCAAUGAUAAUCGCAAUGAUAAUCGCAAUGAUAAUCGCAAUGAUAAUCGCAAUGAUAAUCGCAAUGAUAAUCGCAAUGAUAAUCGCAAUGAUAAUCGCAAUGAUAACAAGCGAAAGCGAGGAUCUCCUGAUCGAAAAAACAAGAGGAAGAAGAGGAACCAGAGGUUCAAGAAGAAAAGGCAGGCUAUCCAGGCGCUCGCUCAUCGGCCGAGCUCUCGUCUUCGGACACCCGAGGGUUGGUAA